UUUAAUAAAAUGGAUAGACUUGGAAAAAGAUCAAUUGGAGGAAGAAGAGGGACAAAACAGAAAAAAAUGAAGAUUUCUCCGCAGAUGAUGAAUUACCAAGAUGGAAUCUUUGAUGAUGAUAUGGGAGGAAUGGGUGGAAUGGACUUUAGACAUAAGAUGCAAGAUUUCGAAACUGUUGGUGCCUAUAUGGAUUUCACAGAUGAUUUUGAUGAAGAUGACUUAAAAUAAAGCCAAUUCAGAAAUUUGGCAAAAAUGGGUCUAAAU